AUGCCAACAAACAUGACAGCAAAAGCGUCGGUCCAGAAAACUACUAGACAACCAGUCGACGGCGGAGCUACUGCUAAAGAUGGCGAAGUAGCAGGAGCUCCUCUCGUGGCUGCUGCGGCGGCUGAGGCGACAGCUAAAGUGGCGGCUAUGAUGGAGGAGAGGAUGUUUGUCGCACAAAAGUCAGUACGAACCAGAUCCAAGUCUCAUCUAUCAAGACCUUCAUGAAGCUGUGAGGAAUAUAACAAAAGUGAAUAUACGUUAACAUGGCUGUGGGGGAGCCGGGUGGACGCUGACCUCCAUCCUCUGUUUUCUGUUAGGGCCUAACACUCAGACCGUUUCAUGUUUGUGUAAAAACCUCGAGCGCUGAAGUGGCGACAUGUAGAGCUGAGCGAGCGCUAACUGCUGUGUAAAAAGUAACACCCAGGAUCUGUGUUUGACUUCAUGAGCGGAAAAGGCCGAGGCUGAAAAGUGCUGAACGAGGAUUUCCACAGACAGGUUAUGGAAUCAUUCAAAUGUACAAACAUGAACUUCAUGAAGUCCUCUAUCACGAGGAUUUCAUUGUUGUUCAGAGGACUGAAAGGCUGUAUAUUUAUCCGUCUCUCAUCUUCUCUCCUUUCUUUUCGAUGACAGAAAUAUGCCGAUUGUGCUUGAAAUGGUAUUCUCUCUUUGAAUAAUAUUAUUUGCCUCUCGGUGCGUCUCUGACUCUGCGGUGAUUCAUCUCAUCCAUCCACUUGGACGGGAGGAGUCGUCCUCCAAUUACAGACCAGCGUUCUUUCCCGCUGUGCGCACAUUAACUCGGUAAAAGGCUGUUCACGUAGGCUUUAAUGACCACAUUUAAACCCGCACCUGACAUCUCCUCCUGUUUCCACCUGACAUUAAAUGCGACGGCUCGCUCUCGCCCCUCGCCUGUGACUGUAUCUGACGUGCGAAUGGCUUUUCAAAAGGCGUUGAUCGAGUUUCUAGCUGAUGUCAUCUGGCGUGUUGGACAUGAUGGAUGCUCAUCCCCCGUACGAGGCGAGGGGAGGCGGGCUGAGGGGUGAUAUAUGUCUGCUGGCAUCAUGUGGGUUAAUAAAGUGAAGACGCACAGAGGCAAAAGGAGAUCGGAGCUGCUGAUGUCAUCGGACGCCAUCUGUGGAGAAAUUACAGCUCCAUCAGUCAACGUCCUGCUUUUACGCUUCUUUAAAAUCUGUUUUUCACACCGUCCUCGUCCAUUAGCGUCCUCUGUCCCACUCCUUAUCGUCCUUUGUCUCUCUCUCUCUCUCUCUCUCCGCCUUCCUGUCUCCUUGGCUCAGGUCAUCAGAACAUCUUCGUACAGGAGAAAAUAAAGCAGCCGGCUCUAAACGCUCCGAGUUGUGUGAAUAUAAAUGUGAGUCUUUCUUUGCAAACACUCUCUGCAGCAGGUCUGAACAACAAUGUAAAGAUCUGCAGCCUUGGACCCGAGUCACACACACUCGAAAAACUCAAAAAAGCCAAUUUUUCACCAUUCAGACUGAGCAGAAAAACAUCAUGGUCAACCUCCACACACGUGUAAAAGAGACAAAUUUCUGACCAAGUAAAGGCAGCUGGUCAGAGGGGCGGUUCCUGAUUGGCUGUUGUUUGGUUCCACACACUACUGCAUCUGGAACCGGAUUAGUUAGUGAGUUGAAUUUCAUGGCGGAUUACUGACAGCGGGAAUCGCAUGAGAUCACUAGAACCUACGGAUUCACGUGCAAAUGUGCGAUAACGAGUAGUCUCUCUAAAGACAGUCACAUAGACAUAUAAGCAGUAGAUUGUGUCCUUCCAGAGGAGGAAAUCUACUUCUAGACUUCUAGAAUCAGCAUCUCCUCAUCCAUGGUGUCAUCGGGGUGAAAUGACAUCUAUAAACCUUUCACUUGUUCGUCUCCGCCAGAGUGUUUUAUUUUGAAAAGAAGCCGGAUGUUUUAUUUUGUGUCUGUGCCCGACUUCCUUUCCAGCACGGGUUAAUCUGUGCUGAAUUUAUUCGACAUACUCCGACAUCUGGAAAAACUAGAACUCUGGUGAUCCGCAACGGAACAGAAAGAAGCCGGUGGAAAUUGACACGUUACUGUAUUCUUCGCACUUUAAGGCGCACCAGAUUAUAAAGCGCAUUAAGCCAAACAAAACAGUCAGAUAAGUCAAACUUUAUUGAACUCAUUCAAUAACUCCGCAAGUGCGAUUUUAAGUGCGCCUUAUAGUGAGAAAUAUACGUUAACUUGAAUGGUUACAAUCAGCUGCGAUCGGCAGAUACGGCCUUUUCGUAGCCGUUCUGGAUGCGGUGGAAAUCGGGGGACAUGUACUCUUUAAGCAGGUGCAGAUCGGGGAAGACAUGAAACAGGAAAACUAGAGUUUGGGUUCAGGUUCAGGACAGGUCUCAAAACGGAGUGACUUCGGGGACCAUGUUGACAUCGUUGAACCUCAUUCUUUAAAACUCAGCAGACACUCAGUUCAACAUUGAAACAUCAGAUCAGCGUAAUUAAACAGGUCUGUUUUACAAUCUUUAAUACUCAGCCAGAGCUGCUGCUCCGCCUCAAAACAGUCAACUUUGAUCUCUGGAGUGGAGGAUGUGUUUACAGGGAAGGCGGACUGCAGAAACAUCUUCAUAUCACCAUGAAAGUAAUGUUAUGAUACUUUUCUGCACAGCCGGAUGGAGAGGAAGUCAUUCACUCAUUUCAGCAUUAACCUUGAUUUUUAAAGCAGGUGAAAUAAUUGCUCUUUUAACCGCGUGAUCACUCGUCUCUGCUUCGGUUUGGUUGCUGUUUCUGUUCACAGUCUGUUGAGUCAGAGCAUGAAAAGUGUGUGUUUGUGUGUGUGUUUGUGUGUGUUUGCAGGUUCCAGCAAACAUUUCCAGUUGGAGGAAUAUGAAAGAGGCUGCAGGUAAAGCAAAAGGUGUAACACUCAGAGUCUCACGCUCAUGAAUACAGUCAGACAUGUAGGCGGGCCAACACACACCGAGACUUUAAUGCGAUCAAACAGUCGGCGUGGAUCCGAGCGCACACAUCUGAUCGGUGCAAAGGCGUGCACACACACUCCCAGUCUAUGCACAUGCACAAAGCAAAUCAAACACACACACACACACCUGCUGACACCCGUGCAGAACAAAUGUCGACUCCAUCAGCUCUCUCUGUCACCCGCGGUGACAACAGCAGCCUAACGCUCUCUGGAAUACAGCACGCAUACAUUAAACCUGGAAAGGCUGGCUCUGGAUUUCCACCCACCGCCCUCACAUCUGAUCACUCCGAUUCUCAUGAUAACAACUCGCUCUGUCUCGUUCACUCACACACAGAGAGGAGAUGACUCAGUGCGCAUGAUACGCCGGCAUGAUCCAGAUCUAAGGCGUCGUGCUGCAGUUCACGGAAAACCAGCGCUCGCAGAAAAGAUGCAGAAGUCGGAGUCAAAACCAAACAGCAACCUCAAAGUUUGUAAAAGGAAGUUCAUGAGGAACUGCUAAAAACCAGAGCCACAAGAAACCCAUUCAUUUGAUCUAACCACCACAUAUACUGGGCGAGGGUUUGUCAGUGUAACGGGAAAUUUCCCUCCAUAGUCGUGGUCGGUUGGUGGUACUCACAUAAAAACAGAAAAAUGUACACCGACCCAGACGGGGAGCAGAGAGCUGACAUGAUGACCUGCAUGACUGCAAAAGACCAAAUUAUAUAUAUACAUACACCAUAUAUAACAACAGUACAGGGGGUGGCUGUGACCCACAAUUUUCACUGCAUCUGGAACUGCGGCGAUUAUCGCUGUCCGACAAUUCCUACCAGAUCCGAUGGUGAGGCGAAUUUCGUGGCGGAUUACAGACGAUCGGAGGAUACGACCUUUUAGGAGACGAUCCGGAUGCAGUAGAAAUUGGGGGUGAGACUGCGCUCAACACAAACCAGGAAAUAAGUGCAUGAGGUGUUUUAGUGCAAAAGUGAAAGUGCAAAUUCAUACAAGGUUACAACUAAACGCACAGCUUAGCUCGCUGUCAGUGUUGGCGUGUUAGCGACUUGCGCUGUGUAACAAACUUCAAAUGUCACAUAUUUAGUCGCAGUAAAACACUAAUGGUUGUUUGGAUUGAGUUGAGAAGCAUCUUGAGUCUUUAAGACUGUCAAAGGUUGGAAAAAUAGCUGCUCCUCCAUCAUCAUCAUCAUCAUCAUCUUCAUCAUCAUCAUCAUCAUCUUCAUCAUCCGUAGGUGCCUGGAUUCAGAGGUUUGGCCGCUAACAACCACAUUUCUCUACGUCGUCCUUGAGGAGCAGUUUGGUUCGGUGGUUUCAGGCCUUCUUCCUUUUUCUGAGUAACCGCCCGUGAACGUCUGCUGUUACCAAACUAAAUGAUUCCAUUCUGCAUCGUGGUUCAGGCUCGACACGGCGCCUGAGAGGCUGUUUGUUAAAGAGAGCCGUCGGCAGCUCUUAAGUACACAUAAUACACAUAAUCACAGCAAAGAUCAUCCUCCAGGAGAAGUCUACUCCAGCUUAAAUACUGCACUUACUCACACGUGCGCGCUGGAAACGAACCCGAAGAGUCGCAUGAAUAAAGACUGA